AUGGUGUCCUCAGAAAACUCUCUCAAGCAUUCUUCGUCCACACCUUUAGAGCAGCAGGGGCCUGAUACGAAGCGAUUAAAGCGUUCAUAUCACCACCAUCACCGUUUGCGAAAUCCCGUUAUCCCAGCUCUUCCGGAGCCCGCGAUCAAUGAUGACGCCCACGUUGCUCACUUGAUGAGUCGCUCUAUCGGGCUAUGUCUCAGAGAGUCCGGAUUUGAUCUCGCCGACCCAGCCGCGCUGGAGAGUUUUCGCUAUGCUACAGAGGAGUACCUUCUAAAGCUCGCAUCCUUUGUGCGGCAAUCAAUGCUCUCGAGCCGGCGCAACCAACCAAUACCCCAAGAUUUCGAACUCGCGUUCAAAAAACACCAUUUGCACGCGGACGAUCUGCUUCCGCACUUAAAACCUCUGCCAAAUAUCGAACCUGUUCCUACACUCCUACCUAGCCCUCCACCAGAAGAGGAUGCUUGGUUGAGUUUACCAUUUCUCGGCCCUGAACUGAGCGGCGAAAGUGACCGUGUUCGAAGCGCUUAUAUCCCAAAGCAUUUCCCUCAAUUUCCCAGUAAACAUACAUACCGGCACACACCUGUGUUCACACAGCGGGAGCAAGACCCACGGAAAAUUCGUGAGCGCGCGACUGAAGAGGGACGACAUGGCGAGGAGGCAUUGCGCAAGCUGGCGCGGGCAUCCUUCAAGGAUAAUCAACUCGGCUGGGCUGGUCGCGAAAAGAGAUUAUGGGGUCGGAGGAUGGAGAGCUUGGACAGUAUGUUUGAAAAAACAGUCAAAGGCAUCGCAAAGAAAAUGCACAAAGAUGUGACUGCGCCGGGGACAGCUGCAACGACGGAUAUUGAUUCUGGAGCGGCUGCGGAUCCGGAGCUCAAGGCGACUCGGCCGAAGCUCUCGUUCAGCCUGGAGCUUCCGCCAGUCAUCAAUUGCGAAAGAGGUCUCUGGCGCCGAACGACGGCACCCAGCAAUCGGAAAGCGGAAGAGAAACCAGCCGGAACGAAGGAUUCCACAAGUGUUUCGCGAGUGGAAAGCUGGGUGAGCACAUAA